GCGCUGAGGAGUCGCGCUGUAAUUUAAAACCAGACUGCUCACAGCUCCUCACAUACACACAUAUAUACACACACACUAGGGCAGAACUGAGCGAGCAGGCUUUGUUCCAGCACCCAGCACAAAGACAGAAGAGCCCUGGACACUGACUGGAUGACGCUCUGACAGAGCUUCCCUGUGAACAGGGACUGCAGCUGUACCGUGCACUCUGACUGCAGUGAGCUCUCUAAGCUGCAGACUGAGAUUUCUCCAGGGUUUCAGCUCAAACGUGUGAGGCAGCUGCAGCUCCCAUCAUGCGGCUGCUCACUGUCCUGCUGCUGCUUCUGGUACUCGGAGGGGCCGAGGCACGGAGGGAAGGCCGGAGAAGGCGGGACAGGGCACGGGGCCGAGGGAGGGCAAGCGCUGUCAAGCGCUUUAUAGUCAAUUGCAAGGAGUACAUGGAGGAUGGAGACAAGUAUCUGGACUGCCAGGACCGCCGCCUGACCGCUGUCCUGCUAGGAUGGCCAGAGGAUAUUGACCACCUCCUGCUGGCACGGAACAGGAUCCAGGCGCUGCAGGACAACACGUUCAGCCACUUCAGGAACCUGCAGAGUUUGGACCUACAGCAGAAUGAGAUUUCGCUCAUUGAGGAGGGUGCUUUCAGUGGCCUAACCAAGCUCAAGACUUUACUGCUGCAACACAACCUCCUGCAGGUGAUCACCGAGGCCAUGCUCAUCCCCAUGCCACAGCUCACCUACCUGCGCCUCCACGACAACCCCUGGAAGUGCAGCUGCCAGCUUGACAGCCUAGUGCGCUUCCUGCAGGUGCCCAGCAACCGCUACAUGGGCAACUUUGCGAAGUGCGCUGAGCCAACAGGGCUGAGGGGGCAGAAGCUUAAAGCGCUGGAUGCAAAGUUACUGUGCUCGCCCCCUGCGGAGGCUCAAGAACUUCACCCAAGGCCACCAGGGAUGCAAAAGCACCCUGAUGCGACAUCGCUGUGUUACACUUAUGUCUUCCCCAAACCACUGCUGGACUGCAGGGGCCGAGGGCUGAAGACUAUUCCGACUGAGAUCCCAGCAAGCAUUGUGAAAAUUGACCUGUCCUUCAACAACAUCACAGAGCUGAGGCCUAAAGAAUUUGUUGGUGUCAAAGAUUUGAAACUUCUGAACCUCAGCAGCAACGGUCUGGAGCGCAUUGACACAGCUGCUUUUGUGAGCCUCCUCUACCUGCGAGACCUGGACCUCUCCAACAACAGCCUACGCUACUUCGACUACGGUGUCCUGGAAGACCUGUACUACCUCCGGACGCUGUCUCUGGGGGGCAACCCCUGGAUCUGUGACUACAACAUCCACUACCUGAUCUACUGGCUUAAGCACCACCCAGCUGUGGCCUACACAGGGCUGGUGUGCAGCGAGCCCUCAGAGUUCCAGGGCUGGCCCGUGGAGAACUAUGUCAAAACCUACAACGCAGACUGUCCCAAAGACAAGCAGGUGAGCCAGCAGACGGGAACGGGCACCACCUCACAGGAGCUUACAGCAGAGACUGACGAGGAGCCCAUCCUGGUGCCCAGCCCACUCCGAGACAGGCGGCCCAAGAAAUUUGAGAUCUAUCGUCUGAGUUAAGGAGAAGACUCUACUAGAGGGAUUUCCGCUCUUUCUUGGUGAACUCUUAACUUUCCUUUAGAACAGUUCUGAUUCAGUCUGGACCAGAUUAGAUCCAGAACAGGAGUGUCCAGCUCUGGUCUCAGAGCGCCUAAGCCAUAUACGUUACAGUGAUAACAUAUGCAAUGGUAAUGUAAAGGUAUAGCAUUGGCGCAUCGUCUAGAUGGGGAAAUCAGACCUUUGAUCUUGCAUGUGGAGGCACUACGUUAUCCGACCACCUGGUCCAGCAUAGUUUGGUGAUGUUCUUCAUCUUACUCAUUUCAUGAGUUCCCAGGUUUAUAGUAGGUGUGUUUGAGCAAGGAAGUCACCAAACUGUGCUGGACUUCAGCCCUCCAGGACUGAAACUGGACACCCCUGCUUUAGACCCUCUAUAUCACAGUUUCAUGCGUUCGCUCUUUGGAGUUUCUGAUUGAUCUGUAAAAAAAUGAAUCAUAAUUAAUAAAAGUUGAUUUUUUUUCUAUUA